AUGGUAAAGACACGAUUAGUUGACACGUCGGGUGUUAAAAUAGUAACAUUGGAUCCUCAAAGAUCCAAAAAUUGUAUUCGGCGUCGUCCUCGUCCUCCUCCUCCUCCUCCUUUUCCUCCUUCUUUUGGUCGUCUUCAUCUGGAACCAGCAGCUGAUGCUGUGCUAUUGAAAAUAAGAGCAGCACAGGAGAGAUUAAACUUCGAGAUUCGAAGACAAUAUAGUCUCUAUGAAGAAACACUUAAAAAAGGACAAUGA